AUGACAGAAAGACCUCUCUCGAUCACAACGCAGGUCGCGACUCCGAUCCAGACUACCUUUAAUUCCGCUGCUUCAAACUCUGCCAAUGAUGCGCUCCUCGUCACCGAGUCUAUGGACGAGGAGCCCUACACAAUCAAAUGCAUUUGCGACUAUCCUGACGAUGAUGGAAAUACAAUAUAUUGCGAGACAUGCGAUACCUGGCAGCACAUCGAAUGUUUCUAUCCUGGCCGAGUCGCCGAUGCUUCGAAAGCGGAAUUCGACCACUCUUGUGCAGAUUGCAAACCGCGACCCCUAGACAGGCGGCAUGCGACCGAGCGACAACGGCAUCAUCGACAGAACAAAGCAAGCAACGAUAGUAGCGACAAGAAAACCAAGCGGCCACCUUCAAAGAGUCAUAAGAAGAAGUCGAAGCCUGCGGAGCUACAGAUCAACGGAUUCCACGAUCUCGAUGGUCACAGAAACGGCAGUCCUCAAGAGCAUCCACCCCAUACGAAGAAAAAAGGCCACCGGUCGACUCAAUCUAUCAACUCGCAACACAAACGCAGCCCACCCAUCAAUUCACGCCCAAAUAUACAUGCUCAUCCUCCCAGUCCAGCCCACACACCACCGGACCUCCCCAUUGACCUUCAAGUGCACUCCUAUUCGGACAGCUUCCUCAGACUCUACGACGAUGAUGCCGACGUCCAACUAAGGCCCACAAACUCAUUUGCGAGCCUUUCAGUAACGAAUUCCAUGUCAGCCUGGCUUCGCGAUCCGCAAAUUCUACACAACGACACAGGCAUUGCGAACCCAGAGGACCAUUUCCAACAGCUGAAGAUCCCAGUCGACACAUUGAAAUGGCCCGAACUAGUCAUCAAGACGAUGAACACUACGAUCAGCGACAUACCUCUUUCGUGGCGGACCUUAAUCACACCGACAGCUCUUUCUCAGUCCGGCCGUAUUGGAGAAUUGAACGGCAUCGUAGGUUUUCAGAAGGAUUAUUGCGAGGAUGCUGAGAACCAGUGGUCCGACAUGGCUCACUCAAGGCCCUUCAUCUUCUUCCAUCCCCGCUUACCUCUCUGCAUUGACACCCGCACUGAAGGAUCUAUCUGCCGUUACGUGCGCCGCAGCUGUCGGGCGAAUACAUCCAUAGAAACCUUCAUUGCUUCAAGGUCUGCGUAUCACUUUUGGCUGGUAAGCGAACGACCGCUUGCUGCCAAUGAACAAAUCACCCUUCCUUGGGACUUCCGGUUCCCAGCAAAUUUACGGUCGCGGUACCUACAUCAGCUGAACCUGGGAGAUGAAGACGGGACACCCUUCGAUGGUGGAAGCAUCAAUGAAGAAGAGUACAACCAGCUUUCCCAGAUGGUCCAUAACGUUCUUUCAGAUCAUGGAGGUUGUGCAUGUGAUCUCGGCAACGACUGUGCGUUUGCUCGAUUCCAUCGAAACUACCACGGGAGAUCCCAUGUUCAAUUGAAUGGAGUGAAAUCGAAGAAGGGUCGCAGACCGAAGCAAAAUCAUGUCUCUCCAACAAGUACGGGUUAUGCUACAAAUAGUCGAGCUGCUAGUGAAGGUGAACCAGAUCCUUGUGAUGAGGAUGACAAUCGCUCGGUUUCUGGAUCAAGUCGAGGCAAACCUCACAGCCGAGAUCUAACACCUAACGGAGUUGGGGAGUCCAACGGCAUUUUGACUGGACAGACGGAGCGCGAAAAGAGGAAGAUCCAAAUGACCGAAGAGUCAUUCAAGAAAAUGGAACAGCCCCAAAAACGGCAGAGGAACUCAAUGGGGAAAUCGACCACACCUCAACCAGCUCCGAAAUCCAAGCAGCGGUCUAAAGCUCCUCGAAUGUCAAUCUCCCAAUCAAACGGUCGCUCGAAGCAAUACGUGGAUGCAAGUACUUCGGGUCGAAAGUCCGGGUCGCCCUUCAGUGCUGUGUCACCCACAGCUGUUCCAACAGAUAUUCAUGUUCCGCGGACUGGAUCAGUGCCAUACCAAUCACGGCAGGGCUCGAUCAUUCCUAAGGGUGCAUACGCCGACUCUUCAACACAAACCGACGAUCCCGACAACUCUUGGUGGAAACAACCGACAGUGAAGCCCAAGAGAACGAUUGUGCCACUUGCGAAGCGUCUCCUCAAGAAUCGCCAGAGGAUACAAUCUCAACAACUGUCUGGGAUAAGUGAUCAACCUGAAUCGACGCAUUCUACCGAAGACUUGAAUGUGAACGGUCAGGCAUCUCCUGUAGUAGCGAUGGAGUUAGAUCUGCCAGUUCGAUAUAGUACAGAAUCACCCGUCGAGGUUAAGGGGAGAAACGCAAGCAUCGCUUCUUCAACGCCAUCCGUGGAGCUCUCGGGAGAUGUACCCAUGAGCGAUUUGCCCGCUAUAUUGAUUGGUAAUUCAAUAAAGCCUCCUCCACCACCAUGGCCGGGUAAUUCGAACAAUGGGCCACAUCCCCCAGGGCCAAGGUCGCCUGAAUUACGGGUUCAGAUGCCUCCUACUCCUACUUUCACAACCCCGAAUAUGUCAGGGCCGCUAUCUGGUUCUAUCACCCCGUCUUCGGCAGCGGGGUCCAUAGCACAGUCUCCUUUUGGGACCGUGCACUUCCCCGGUACAUUUGUUCCGGCUGUCAACGGCAUCGUUCAACAUCCUAGUCCGGCCAAGCCGACAAAGAAGAUGAGCUUGAGCGAUUAUAAGGCUGCCAGGAUGAAGAAGAACGACCAUUCGCACACGAGCAACAACAGCGGAGGAAGCAGUCCGACAAUCGCUCCAGCUGUCCUGAAGCCUUCGCUAUCGACGAUCGACGAAGCUAAGGCACCGGGAUUAUUAGAAGGCUCGGCGAUCGUUGACACACCUAUAGUUGAGAAAUCUUUGGAUCCAAUGUCUUCAGCCCCCAUCUCUACUCCAGAUCUUGCUGCCAGGUCUACUUUGCCAUCAGAACGAAUGAAUGGUACUUUGUAA